UUCAUUUACUUUGUGUCGACAUUUACAGAAGGGGCGGGGGACGAGGGAAUAAAUUGGCAAGGAAUGCCUCUUCAUUCCUCCCCACUCCUCCUUCUUCUUCCUCCAUUCUCUCGUCGGGAGUCGGCAGGACUCUGUCUCUCCAAAAUGCCGAUCUCCGGCUGGUACUUCUCCUUCCUGCUGCUCCUCUUCUCGUUCGUCUCCGCCGACUCGCUCGUUCCCAGAUACGAAGACUACCGAUGGCAUCCUGCCACCGCCACCUGGUACGGCAGCCCCGACGGCGACGGCAGUGACGGUGGGGCGUGUGGGUACGGGUCACUGGUGGACGUGAGGCCGCUGAAGGCCCGAGUUGGCGCGGUGAGCCCGGUGCUGUUCAAGGCCGGGGAAGGGUGCGGGGCGUGCUACAAGGUGAAGUGCGCGGACGGUGGGAUCUGCUCCCGGCGGCCAGUGACGAUCAUCGUGACGGACGAGUGCCCUGGCGGCUACUGCGCCAACGGCCGCACCCACUUCGACCUCAGCGGCGCCGCCUUCAGCCGCAUGGCCGUCGCCGGCCUGGGGUCUCGCCUCCGCGACCGCGGCGAGAUCCAGGUCCAAUACCGACGGACUGCCUGCAAGUACCGAGGCAAGAACAUUGCGUUCCAUGUGAAUGAAGGUUCCACCGAUUACUGGCUCUCUCUUCUCGUCGAGUACGAAGAUGGAGAUGGAGAUGUUGGCUCCAUGCACAUCCGACCGGAGGGAUCGACGGUGUGGCUGCCGAUGAAUCACCUGUGGGGAGCAAACUGGUGCAUCAUCGGAGGUCCGCUGCAGGGGCCGUUUUCCGUCAAGCUCACGACUCUGACCGCCAACCGGACGCUGUCGGCGAGGGACGUCAUCCCGAGGAACUGGUCGCCCAAGGCCACCUACACCUCUCGUCUCAAUUUCCACUGACAGCGGAAGGAAGCAGCCGUCGCCACAGUUCGCUUUUGUCCACCUCAAUAGUGGCAGCCGCAGCGGCGGCGGCUCUAGUAGUUCGUUUUGUAGUAGACACUAGACAGUCGCCGAUUACCGAGCUACGGCGACGGUCCCACCACCGAGGGAUCUGAAGUAAUUUAUUUAUUUCCGGACGGGAAUGCCAUUGCCGUCAUCGAGGAAGGAGGUGUACCAGUAAUGGCGUCUGUGUUUUUAGUAAUGGCGUCUGUGUUUUUAGUAAUGGCGUGCAGCAGCAUGCCAUGUUGGGGCUGUCGGUGGGGGGCCUGGCGGCUGCCGACGGUCAAUUUGACCGUUGGGAGAGUUAUAGCCGUUGGUAUCCACGUGCCCUCUCUCUCUCUACCUUUGUGAAUGUGGUGAAUAAUUGCUGCUUGGGUCCAAGAGGAGACCUCCCCCUCCAAAGGAGUGAGAGAGGCUGCUGGAUAUCUUCUCAAGUAGCACGUGUCUGUGUGCCAGACUAUGCCUUUGUAAUACUACUGUAACGAUGUGAAUUACAUAUUUCUGUCUUCUGAACUUA